AUGUCGCAACCCAAUUGGGAGAUCACCGACUCGGUGAAGCAGAACUCCAUCCUCGCAGCAACCAUGCAAGCUAUGCGUCAAAUUGCACCACUCCAACUUGCCGAAACAUCGUUCGAUAACGUCGGAGUACUACUGCAGGCCCCUCCACCCAUAACUCAGUCCACACACGAAAAACAAGGAAUCAUGCUAGCCAUCGACCUCACCACCGAAGUAUGCGACGAAAUGCUGUCCAGUCCCAAAAACAUCAAGGUAGCUCUCGUCUACCAUCCUAUCAUCUUUCGAGGUCUCAAGUCCAUCACCUUUGCCGAUCCCCAGCAGACCAGUUUGCUUCGCUUGGCUGCUGCUGGAGUCAGCGUCUACUGCCCACACACCAGCUUGGACGCUGCACCAGGAGGUAUCAAUGACUGGCUUGGUAGGGUGGUGUCUGAAAAGGAGAAAUUGGACGAAUUCGACUCUGAUGAGAGGUUGCACGGCUUCCGAUCGCAUGUUUAUCCGUAUCUGAGCCCGGCUAAGAAUGUUCCAAAGGGGUUCGAGUCGGCUGGUAUGGGUAGACUGAUCCAGCUCGAUGAGGCUCAGUCGUUCGAGGAGAUCGUGAGGAGGGUCAAGCAGAAUCUGGACCUGCCACAUGUACAGGGAUGCAAGGCGUCGGACAAGAAAAUCUCCACGAUUGCAGUAUGCGCUGGAUCUGGGUCGAGUGUCUUUUCUGGUGUCAAGGCUGAUCUGUAUCUCACGGGCGAGCUGCCACACCACGAGAUUUUGGCCUACAAAGCUGCCGGAGCAUCGGUCAUCGCCACCAAUCACACCAACACAGAGAGAAAAUACCUACGAGACGUGCUCCAACACUGGCUUCGACGAGAACUCCCAGCACAGUACAGCAUUUCGGUCUCCCAGGCCGAUCGAGACCCCUUGUAUGUCUUCUAG